AUGCGGCCCAUCGGCGCUCCGGCUUAUCAGUCGGUUCUGAAGCAAUGGGAGCAGCGACGCAAUGCCUCUGCUACUGCAUCUGCGGUUCUUGAGGCCGCUGCGGCCAACCCGGAGACCCUGUCGCAAGCCGCCAUUAUCGACAACCUUGACCCCGUUGAGGCUGCUCGCCUGGACAAGGUCCGCAACAUCGGUAUUGCGGCCCAUAUCGACAGCGGAAAGACCACCUGUACCGAGCGAGUCCUCUUCUACACCGGUCGUAUCAAGGCCAUCCACGAGGUCCGUGGCCGUGACAGCGUCGGUGCUAAGAUGGACUCUAUGGAUCUGGAGCGUGAGAAGGGUAUUACUAUCCAGUCCGCUGCUACCUUCUGUGACUGGGUCAAGAAGGACGAGAAUGGCGUUGACCAGAAGUACCACGUCAACCUGAUUGAUACCCCCGGUCACAUUGAUUUCACCAUCGAGGUCGAGAGAGCGCUGCGCGUUCUCGACGGUGCAGUUCUCAUUCUGUGUGCCGUGUCCGGUGUCCAGUCUCAGACCAUUACUGUGGAUCGGCAAAUGCGCCGCUACAACGUUCCCCGUAUCUCCUUCGUCAACAAGAUGGACCGUAUGGGCGCCAACCCCUUCAAGGCGGUUGACCAGAUCAACUCGAAGCUCAAGAUGCCUGCGGCUGCUGUCCAGGUCCCCAUCGGUGCCGAGGAUGAGUUCGAGGGUGUUGUGGAUCUGAUCACCAUGAAGGCUAUCUACAAUGUUGGUGAGAGUGGUGAGGAGCUCUCCGUGAGGGAGAUCCCCGAGCGACUGCUGGACGUUGUCGCGGAGCGCAAGGCCAUGCUUAUCGAGACUCUGGCUGAUGUCGAUGAUGAGAUCGCCGAGCUCUUCCUUGAUGAGAAGGAGCCUACUCCCGACCAGCUCAAGGCCGCCAUCCGCCGCUCCACUAUCAACCUGAAGUUCACCCCCGUCUUCAUGGGCUCUGCGCUUGCCAACAAGUCUGUUCAACCCAUGCUGGACGGUGUCAUUGACUACCUACCCAACCCCGCCGAGGUUGAGAACCUUGCCCUGGAUCAGAAGCGUAACGAAGCCUCUGUCAAGCUCGUCCCUUACAACUCCCUCCCAUUCGUCGGUCUGGCCUUCAAGCUCGAGGAGAGCAACUUCGGCCAGCUGACCUACAUCCGUGUGUACCAGGGUACUCUCCGUAAGAGUGCCAACGUCUUCAACGCCCGCAACAACAAGAAGGUCAAGAUUCCCCGUAUUGUGCGCAUGCACUCCAACGAGAUGGAGGAAGUCAAUGAGAUUGGUGCUGGUGAGAUCUGCGCUGUGUUUGGUGUCGAGUGUGCCUCCGGUGAUACCUUCACUGAUGGCCAGCUCGGCUACAGCAUGUCGUCCAUGUUCGUCCCUGAGCCUGUCAUUUCCCUGUCCAUCAAGCCCAAGCAAGCCAAGGAUGCCGCCAACUUCUCCAAGGCCAUGGCCCGCUUCCAGCGUGAGGACCCCACCUUCCGCGUCAGCUACGAUAGCGAGAGUGAGCAAACCAUCAUUUCCGGAAUGGGUGAGCUGCACUUGGACAUCUACGUCGAGCGUAUGCGCCGUGAGUACCGCGUCGACUGCGAGACCGGCCAGCCUCAGGUCGCCUACCGUGAGACCAUCGGUAACCGUGUCGACUUCGACCACCUGCUGAAGAAGCAGACUGGCGGUGCUGGUGAUUACGCCCGUGUCAUGGGAUGGAUGGAGCCUACCGGUUCCCUCGAGGAGAACAAGUUCGAAGAGCAAAUUGUCGGAGGUUCCAUCUCGGAGAAGUUCCUGUACGCUUGCGAGAAGGGUUUCAACCUUUCUUGUGAGAAGGGUCCCCUGAUUGGCCACAAGGUCCUGGGUACACGCAUGGUUGUCAACGAUGGUGCUACUCACAUGACUGAUUCGUCCGAAAUGGCUUUCAAGAACGCUACCCAGCAGGCCUUCCGCAAGGCCUUCGCAGACAGCCAGCCGGCUGUCCUUGAGCCCCUGAUGAAGACUGUUGUCACUGCUCCCUCCGAGUUCCAGGGUGAUGUUAUUGCCCUGCUGAACAAGCGCGGUGCCACCAUCAACGACACUGAGACUGGUGUCGACGAGUUCACCAUCUACGCCGACUGCAGUCUGAACGGCAUGUUCGGCUUCAGCUCCAACCUCCGUGCUGCCACCCAGGGUAAGGGUGAAUACACCAUGGAGUUCAGCCACUACGAGAAGGCUCCUCCGCAGGUCCAGAAGGAGCUCAUUGCCAGAUACGUCAAGGAGCAGGCUGCUCGUAAUAAGAAAUAA